AUGAAGCCCGGAGGGAUGCGGUCCGCGGCGCCCGGCGCCCUGGAUGCCACACCCGCGCUGUGCGGGGCGCUCGGCGGCAGACAAGUGCACUCUCACUGGAGCGGUGUUGAUGUUAGUAGAAGACCCAAGCUGACCUCCCAACAGCUCGAUCAGGUUGCGCAUCGCGUCACAGCAGUCGCCCACGCUGAAGUGGAAGGUCUCUCACGGCCAGACCUCUCAGCGGAGUAUUGCAAAACGAUGCAACAACAGAUGGGAAGCCCCUCCCUUGAAUAUCGGCAUCAAGAUGGGAUGAACUACACCCGCAUAUGGGAUGAUGUUAUCGUGGGGUCGUGUGUGCAGACUCCAGGGGAUGUGGACUGGCUUGUUGAGAAGGAGGGCGUCUCCACAAUAGUUUGUCUGCAGGAGGACAAGGACUGUGAGUACUGGGACCUCGACUUGGCUGCCAUCAAGGACUGCUGCACCAGUAGGGGCGAUGUGAAGCACCUCCACCUGCCCAUCAGGGACUUCGAUCCCCAGAGCUUGAGACAGCGGCUCCCCAAGAUCGUUGCAGAAUUCUCCAGGCAACAUGAGCGGGUUGGGGGUGCAAUAUACAUCCACUGCACUGCAGGACUUGGUCGGGCACCAGCAGCGGCCAUUGCAUACAUGUACUGGUGCAAAGGAUGGAAAUUAAAGGAUGCUGUCGACUACCUUGUGGCAAGGCGACCUUGUGGGCCUAAGAUUUUCGCCAUUCGCGAAGCAACUGCUGAUGUCCUGUACUGGAGCUCCAGAAAAGAGGUCCAGAUAUCUGUGGUGGCACCAGACAACACCGAGGUGGUGCAGGUUGCUGGACUGGACAUUGGCUGGGGUUCUACCCUGACCAUGGACUUUGACCCUGCAACUCAGAGAUACGUCACCAGAAGGCUACUCAGCCCGGGAAGGUUUCAAUUCAAGUUUGUCAUGGAUGGCAACUGGUGGUGUUCUGCUGACUACCCAGCACACCACGAUGGGCCCAACAGAAACAACUACAUUGAGGUGACCCUGGACAGCGAUUCUGCUGCUGCGGUGGACCGCCUGGUGUCUGAAGAGGGCGUGAUGACAUUGGAAGAGUCAUGGAGGAUGGUUGAAGCCAUGCAGAGAUUGUAG